AUGUUAUCCUGGUGGACAAAUGUAAUCGGUGGAUUCCCAGAAGAUUAUAAAAAUCUUACUGCAGAUUUGGUAUUUGAUCCUGAAAAGGGAUUGGGAUUAAAUGUAAUUAGAUUUGUUAUUCCUGGAGGAGAUAAUCCAACGCAUAACCACAUUAGACCUGAAGGUGAAGUAUCGGGUUAUUGGCCAUGCUUAACAUGUAAUUUUGAUUGGAGUGCUGAUGAACAUCAAAGAUGGGCUUUAUUUGCUUCUCGGGAACGUGGUGCUAAUAUCUUUGAGGCAAACUCUGCUAGUCCCCCAUAUUGGAUGACUAUAAGUAAUUGUUCUUCUGGAAGUGUUGGUGGCACCUCAGAUAACCUCGAUCCCUUGUACUAUGAUGCAUUUGCAAAAUACUUGACUAAAGUAGUGAGUUGGUAUAAAGAACAAGGGAUUACUUUCAGAACCAUAUCACCAUUUAAUGAACCUUCAGCUGGCUGGUGGAAAGCAUUAGGAUACCAGGAAGGGUGUCAUUAUAGCUGUUCUACAAUGAAUGAAAUUGCUAUAAAAGUUGCAAAUAAUCUUAUGGCAAUGGGCCUAAAUGAUACAUCCAUUUCAAUUUCAGAUGAAUUUUCAAUUGUUCAGGAAAUUUUUACAAUAAAUUGCAUUGACAAUACUACGAAAACAUAUGUCAGCCAAUAUAAUACCCAUGGUUAUGGAGCAGUUCAAGAUGACCCUCAGGGCUCUAAUGGAUGGGGCUUAAUUGGUGUUUCAUAUACUAAUUCAUCAGAACUUCCAAAAACGCAUCUUGAUUUCUAUGCAUUCAAACAAUAUACCAAAUUUAUUCGUCCAGAUGACGAUGAUACUCUUGCAACAUACAGUGAUAAAGACCAAAAACUUGUCAUUGUUUGCACAAAUAAGGGUGCAACUCAAUCUUGGAAUUUUAAUGUUAAUAUGUUCAAUAUAAGUAAUAUUACUGCUUUUCGUACAUCUAGCAACAACGAAAUGCUUACUCCAUUGCUAAAUAUACCACCUAUCAAUAAUGGAAGUCUAAUAUAUUCACAUCCAUCUGAUUCUAUUACUACAUGGGUUUUUGAUGCUAUUCCAGACUUAUAA